AUAAAAAUCAAUGUGCGGAGAUGGUGUGAAAUGAGACGCUCUCUAUGACCCUGCUUCUCUGCUGCGCGUGUUGCUGCAGCAUCAGUGAGAACGACAGAAAUCUGCAACCGAGAAAAGCAAGAGAUCAAAAUGAUGCGGAUUACAGACGCGCAAUCUGUCGUGAAAAUCCAGGGCGCACCGCUGUUCUAGUUUCUCGUCUAUACUCGAUGCUUUCGCGAUUAAUCGUGUUCACACACCGCUCCGCGCGAGGAUACCAGAUGAUGCGCUGCAUCUGCCAUGAUGCUGAUGGAUACUCUACAAGCGUUCAUCUCGGCCAUUAAUACGCUAUUAUCACAUUUUAGGACACAUUGUUAAUCGUUUUUUAUUCGUUGUGCCUUUAUUUCACACAGAAAGGCAUGUUUAUAGAAUAGGAGGCUCUGGGACCAACGACACAGGGAUGCUGUUAUUGCACCGCCUAGGAAAAGCCUAACAGACCAUGAUGAAGACCGAAUCCUCAUCCUCCUCAAAGCCAGCGAGCACCACCGCGCUCCGCAGCCCCUCGCCUCACCGCAACGCUUACGAAGCGGCAGGGAUUCAAGCGCUGAAGCCGGCGACCGAUGUCUUUAAUAACGGCGAAGCUCAAGAUGGCAAGCCGAAGCCCACCAGCCGCGGCCGCGCGUACGGCUCAAACGUGCACCGCAUCAAGAACAUGUUCAUGCAGAUGGGCGCAUCCUCGCCCACUGAUGCCGAAGACCCGCAGAGGGCGAACGGCGACGGUAAAGCCGUGCGCCUCACCCUCCCGCGUGCAGGCAGCCUGAACGAGAACGUGGACCACAGCGCGCUCCUCAAACUGGGAUCCAGCGUCUCCGAGCGCGUCAACCGCUUUGAUAACAAAACGGACGCGUCGCCCCGAUUCUCCAAGCUGCACGAGACAAGGAAGAUCUUCGAGCAGCAGAAUCAGGAAAAGCAGUCGGCUUCCAACCGGGUGUUGCUGAAGAAGGAACGCGCCGCGGGAUUGCCGGAUGCGUCGCGCUUGGAUGUGGUGGCGCGUUUUAACGGCAGCACGGAGUCGCUGGAUAGCCUGGAUGCGAUUGGGGGGACCGGCGAGGCCGUGUCUCCCACUGUCAGCCAGCUCAGCGCCGUGUUCGAGCGGGCCGCCGAGUUGCGAAACAACCUGCACAGGCUCUCCAACACGCCCCCGCUACCUCUGCGCGGGGUCACCGGCCGGGUCGGUGCGCUCAACUCCAAAGUCAUCACCAAACGGGUGCGCGCGUUUCCUGCGGGGGCGAGCAAGGAGGACGGGGUUAACCGACACCUGGUGGACCAAGAUAGGAGCCUUAACAGCUUUAACGGAGCCUCUGGGGAUCAGGACAGUCUUAAUGCUGUAGACAAAGAGUCCUCAGAAGGUAAGCAGACAGGUGAGAUAGAAGACUCGAGUGCCACUGAAUCCAAAACUCUUGAUAAAUCGGGAGAGGUCACUGCCACGAAGGCGAAAGGUACUCUUGUUACAGCUGGUGUCCGUACAUCUCUGGAAAACGGGGCCUCGGAGAGAGACACUAGCAUCGCUGACACUGGAAAGGCAGAGGACGGCCAGGCAGGACAUGUACGUUCAUCGGUGGGGGUCUGUAAGAAGGACGAUGAUGAUAGCACUCUGAAGGAGGAUUACUCUACUGUGGAUAUCAGUGCCUACAGCGCAGUGGGGGAAGACUCUGGUGGUAGUCAGCUUGAGGAUGAGGAGGAUGAAGAGGAUGUAUAUGAGCCAGAGUCCAGCUGCUCUGAGGUUCCUGGAUUACCUGUAGAGGAGGAUCCACCCCCGAGCAGGAAGAUUCAAUUCAGUAGUGCGCCCAUUACGGUUUUCGCAACCUAUUCCAAUGAGGACUAUGACAGGAGGAAUGAUGACGUGGACCCCAUGGCUGCUUCUGCUGAGUAUGAACUGGAGAAACGUGUGGAAAGGCUGGACCUGUUCCCUGUUGAACUGGAAAAAGAUAAUGAGGGGUUGGGUAUCAGUAUUAUUGGGAUGGGUGCUGGAGCUGACAUGGGACUGGAGAAGCUUGGCAUAUUCGUCAAGACUGUCACAGAGGGAGGAGCGGCGCAUCGGGACGGCAGGAUCCAGGUGAAUGAUUUGAUAGUGGAGGUGGAUGGAACAAGUCUGGUCGGUGUAACUCAAUGUUUUGCCGCCUCAGUUUUAAGGAACACAUCUGGCACGGUCAGGUUUAUCAUUGGCCGAGAGAAACCAGGAGAGCAGAGUGAGGUGGCUCAGCUCAUCCAGCAAACCCUUGAACAGGAGCGCUGGCAAAGAGAGAUGAUGGAGCAACGCUACAGCAACUACAUGGGGGAUGAGGAAGAGGCUGGUGAUUAUGGCACUGAUGAAGAAGAAGAAGAAGAUGAGAUGAGCCCCACGUACCCAAGUGCCAUAGAAGUGUUUGAUUUGGCUGAGAAUGAGGACAUGUCACCUGUGGAAGUGGACCCUGAGAAGCUCGCCCACAAAUACAAAGAAUUGCAGAUUAAACACGCUGUGACUCAGGCUGAGAUCCAACAGCUGAAGCGGAAGCUGAAUCAUACAGUACAAGAGAAACAGCGCUGGCGUGCAGACAAGGCCCUGAUGGAGCGUAACAUGCAGGAGAACCGGGAGCGCAUGGAGAAGCUGGAGGGAUACUGGAUGGAGGCGCAGAGUCUGUGUCAGGCUGUGGAUGAGCACCUGAAAGAGACACAGGCUCAGUAUCAGGCUCUGGAGCGCAAAUACAGCAAGGCCAAGCGUCUCAUUAAAGAAUAUCAGCUAAAGGAGAUUGAGUUUCUGAAGAAGAAAACAGGUUAGCAGAAAACUGUAGAAGAAACUGAAGCUUCACAUAAAGAAGAAACAGACCAACUCCAAGACAAGGUAACAGAUGUUGAGUCACAGGUUGAGGAACUGAAGACACUGGAUCCGUCGUAAAGUUAAUCAAUGUUAUAUCUACUUCAGUGUAAAUGUAUUGGAACGGAGGAAAGAAUCUGUUAUUAGAGAAUCUAUAAUGGUGUCCAUUUAGUCAUUGUCAGUAAGCCCCACAGGAGGUUUAUAACCCUCCACCUUCCAUUUUAGGAUUUUUAUGGUUCUGUAGAUUUCCAUUUCUUUAUUUUUAGUAUUGUGAAUAAUUAUUUCCCCCCGCAGUGUUUGCUUUGAAAGCCCUUUAUUUACCUUACAUGUACUUAUAGAUAUUAAUUCGAAUGACAUUGAUGGUUUUACCAAUGCUGUAAUAACCUAAUCGAAACAAAUUAUGUUUUUCGUAACAAAACGUGUUACAUUUCGUUAAUAAAACUGUUACUUUUGCUCUUGAAGCUGAUGAAAUGGGCACAGGGUCCAGAAUAAGUGGGAAAAAAACAAUGCCCCUGAUUCAGAAAUACCAGUAAUGACCUGCCACUUUCUGCAUUACCUUAAACGUCUCGUUACUCAUUUAUUUUUGUUUACAUAUAGUAUUUUCAGGAUCGCACCGAGAAAGCAAGUUAUAUGAUAAAACAUCCUUUGUCAAUAUUCUUUUAUGAACUGUAAACAGAAAGCACAUUUGUGGUGAAGUUGUGAUUGUUUUGGGAAUGAUAAACAGUCUGAAGCAGCUGAAGAUGAAGUACUGUGUGGUUAUUUAAAACGGAACAUAAUUUAGCUUAGCCAUACUUUAUAGCCACAUUUUAAGGGCGUUUAUUUCAACACCUCUUUUCAGAUGCCUCUCUUCUACCAGCAGUCCACACUAUACCUCUCGUGCAAGGUUUUGGUGACUUGAACCUUAAAAACCAACUGCUGCCUUUUUCUCAGUAUUACUUAGGGAUACUUCAGCCAAAAAUGAAUAUUCUGUCAUCAUUACUAUGGGAGUCAAUGGGGGGCAAAAUCUGUCUGGUUAUAAGCAUUCUUCCAAAUAUCUUUCUCUGUGUUCAUCAGAACAAAGACAUUUAUACAGAUUUGGAGCAACUCGAAGGUGAGUAAAUGAUGACAGAAUUUUCAUUUUUGGGUGAAGUAUCCCUUUAAGUGUUUCACUCACUCCCAGUGUUCAUUUGGGUCCUUACAAUUUCUUCCAUACCAUAUAGUGUUUAAAACAACAUCAACAAAACCAGGACUAUGAGAUUGGCCCCCACAUGUGUAUAUUUUGAACUUUCUUUUUUUACAUGAGUGUUGUUCAUGUUUGAAUUCAGUUAGGGUGUGGACAGGCUCACAAUAGUUUGAAACCUGGAACCGAUCUUUAUACUACUGCCUGGAACCUGCCUCAAUGAUUCUUCCGUAUAAUGAAACCCAAAAAAGCCCAACAUUCUCACGCUAGCUGCAAUAACAGUUUGGAGGAAAGAAAACCAACAUGUGAACAUAUUUAUGUGAAAUGUACGAGGACCCAAGUUGAUUGUGAUUGUAGUAUGUCACUAUUAUCCUUUCAGCAGAGACGAAAUAAAUCAAUGAGGCAUGUAAACGAUUUUGUUUUUCAGUGCAAACCUUGUAUGGAGCACACACAACCUUGUGGUUUGUUAUGCGCUUUUAUGAAAUAAACAGUCAAU